AUGGGAGUGAUCCAAAAACUUCCGCCGGAAGUCGUCAACCGGAUGGCCGCCGGCGAAGUUCUUGUAAGGCCCAGCGAUGCCAUCAAAGUUUCUAGACCUUUUCUUUCAAAAAUUAGUGGGAGUUUUGAGGAACUGGUUGAAAAUUCUCUUGAUGCCAAGGCUACUGAAGUCGCUGUCACUCUACGCAACGGGGGAAUGAGUUUUCUGCAAGUUGUUGUUGGUUUUUGGUACCAAUUAGAGAAACAGUGAGCAAAACAAGAGAUUCUUCAUAAGACAUAUACUGCCCGAUGAAGCCGUGAAUGGAAUAUAAUAAUGAUUUAUUUAUAUUAAUGAUAUUUUUUUGAAAAAAAUUUUAUUGGUAGCAAAUCAGUUAAUUCGGCCUUACGGAUUAGAAAUUUUUUUCUCGUUGCUUGUUUGUUUUGAAAAAGAGGAAGAUGUGAAAUUUGAUUGAAGGUGGGGUUUUUUUAAUAGAUCAAGCACUCAGGACAAUGGAAAAGGCAUCUCUCGAGAUGAUUUGGAGCUGGUUUGCGAGCGAUUCGCGACGUCGAAGCUGCGUUCCUUCGAGGACUUGCUCCAAAUGAAAACCUACGGGUUCCGAGGAGAGGCUCUGGCUUCUCUCAGCCAAGUUUCCAAGGUUGGAUCGCUCGAAAUCUUCGGGAAGAAACUCUUCAGGUCGCCAUCGUCUCGAAGCCGAAGGAUCAAGAAUGCGCCUAUUCGGGGCAGUACUCUGGUGAGAGUCUUCACAUUUUACGAAAAACUGAAAAUCACAAAAACGUCAUAAAGGUGUUUUUUAAAAAGAGUCGUUGUAGUCAAUGCGUCCCGACUUGAAAGGCGGAAUGGGUUAUUGACUUCGGCGGAGAGUCAAUUACGAGCCUCUUUUUUUUUCUCUUUUUGACAGUUUUCAAUGAAUUGUUGAACGAACAAAAGUAUACAAAUAAUGGGAAAAUGAAAAUUUGCCAAUCUACCCAUCUCGCCUUUCGAGUCGGGGAAAAAAUUGACUAUACAACUGUUGCAAGAUUUUCGGAGCUAAAAAAAAUCCAAGCUAAGAGUUUCAAAACAGACAUUCUCACUGUGAAAGAAGCUUUAUUUCAUACUUUCUUCAAGAAUUAUUAAAAUAUGUUUCCGCAUUUAAUUCACGAAGUCGGAAACAGUCUCUUUGCAAAAAAAAAAAAAAAACGAGCUCCUACAGCCCAAAAACAUUUUUGGUCACGUUUUUUUGAAGUAACACGUUUUAAAAAAAAUAAUAAUAAAUUUAAAAAAACGGGUAAAGGUUUUUUUGAGACGGAAAGAUGACGUCAUCGAAGCCUUCGGCCGGUCGGAACGGGACAUGCGUCAGCGCGACGGAUAUGUUCUACAACAUCCCUUCCAGGCACUCUUUUUCAUUUUUUUUUUCGCGAUAUCACUUUUUCCAGAAAAAAGUCGAUGACGAACUCCACCGAGGAGUCUUCUCGCGUCUCUGACGUCAUCAUUCGCUUUGCCAUUCACAGACCGUCCGUUUUUCAACAAAAAAAUUUUUGAAAAUAAUCAUGAAGAGAGCAAAUUUUCAUAAUUUUCCUUUUUUUUUAAUGCAAACUUUUGGACGAGUUCAUGUAUUUUGGUCGAAGGAAUCAUUUCAAAAAGAUUUGAUCCUUCUCCAUUUUAGGACAUAAAAUUUUUUUAAGGCUUUGAAUAAAAAAAUAAUUUUUCUCUCAAAGAGUCGAUUCCUUUCUUUUUAUUGAAGUUAACAAGCCUUAACUGCUCAAAGACGUGAUGAUUUUGAUGAUAAACAAAAAAUUUCAAAUUUUUUUUCGAUGAAAGGCUUUCAUUUCCAGUGACGUAUCAUUUUCGCUGCGACAAAUGUCGUCGAGCGACUUCCGGACGAGCGGCGACGGCGACUUCAGGAAAGUCGUCGGUCUCCUUCUGGGCAAGGAAAUCAGCGACGUGGGCCGUUUCCGAUGAAUCUGUCAAAUUCUUUUGUUUGAAGAGUAUCCAAGACAUCGGAAUGGAGUCGCAAAAACUGAAGAUUUCUCUGCACGGCUGCAUGGCGCGGCCCAUCGCUGCCGCCACUGCCAAACUCCAUCAGGACAAAAAGGUUGGCGAAUCCAGAACCAUCAGAACUUGAAAGUUCCUUAUCACCUGGAAUGACACAGUGAAGCUUGCUAAGGCGAAGGGAACAUUUACAAAAAAAAGCUGUGUUUCUGGAGUUUAUUAAAGAGAAUAGUUGUUUUGAAAAAACUUCGCGCUGUUGAAAUAAUCCAGAAGGACGCAUGAACUAGAAACACACAGCGGGGUUGACUUCAGAGCCGAAAAACUCCAAUCCUUCCAAACAUACGCGAGUUUGUAAGAGUUCGAAUGAAGUUAUAAAUAGAAAUAUUUCCAAUUUCAAACUCACAUACUUCACUCUGCAUCAAUUCUUAAACAUGUGUUCUCAGAAUAGCAAAAAAAAUCUGACUGUUUUUUUUUUAAAUAAUGGUCUUCGAAAACAAAAAAAAAAAUAAAAAGAGUAAAAGUUCAGAAAAUAAGCUGUUUCUGUUCGUUAAACUUUCUUUCUUUUUUGAGUUUUUUUGACGUCUCGAUCCCAUCUUUAAUUCCUCAGCUAAAAUGUUACAGAUUUCAAAUGUAUGGGAAACAGUUGUAUUGAAAAAUAUAUUUGAUAGAUUUUACGCAUUUUCCAGUUUUAAUUUGAAAAGUCGACCUACAGAUAUUAUUCUAAAACAUUUUCCCUACUGGAACAUUUCUAUACGCAAUAAAGAAUAGCUGUUCAAAAUGAUUAGAAUGAAAAAAUUCAAGAGAGAAUAUUUCCAUUUCAAGAGUGAGUUUAAGAGUCGCCAGAAGUUCUUCAGUUUAUUCAUCAACGGGAGAUCUGUGACUUGUACUGAACUCAAACACGGCAUCGACGAGAUUUUCUCUUCGCGGUCCCUUAUUUGCCGCUUCAUGGCCCUUUCUUUGAAGGUUUCUCCGAUUCCAGACAGAUACUCAGAGCAGAGCCGUUACUUGCAGCUGGACGAGUCUCGGGUCGACGUGAAUGUGCACCCGACCAAGAAGUCUGUCAUGUUCUUGGAGCAGGACGAGGUGAUAGGAGCCAUCGUCGAAGUCUGUUUUUCGAGCUGUUAGUAAGAAAGAGAGACUCGUUCUCUAAUGAUAAUAGUUUGUUCAUUGUCAUUAGUUGACAUUAGAAAACGUCAAAAAAUAAAAGAUCAAGUAAAGGAUGGGCAGAGGAACCACUAUACACAAAAAUUGGAUAUUUUCAUGAAAAGCUUGGAUCGUAAGAUUAUUAAACUUGUUCUGAAAAUUUUCCAGGGUAACGUAAAAAUCUGAAUAUGACGUUAGUUUAUUCCAAAAAGAAAAUUCUUAGAAAAGAUUUUGCUUUAAUUUAUGAGAAGAAAAACCGGAAUCCUCCGUGUUUUCCCUCAUUUAUCAAUCUGUCGAAUGGUCAUUAUUCAGCAUAUUGGCGGGAUCGUGACGGAAAUGUUCGAUGAAUCGGCCAUGGAUCCUUUGAACCAAACAGCAGAUCAAAGUUUGGGCGCUUCCCAGUCGCAGGUUCAUUAUUUCUCGCACAAGGGAACGUUUUCUGACCCGGGGUUGAAUUUUUGAGGGAACUGCGCUGAAAAAACGCUUCUGGACUUCCGGAUUCCAGGAAAAGGAAAGUAUUUCUCGCAAUAGAUCUUGUUUCCGAGUUAUGAAGCUUCAAGCCCCUCCCCCAAGUGCAUUUGAGCCAAGCUUCAUCAAAGUUCAACCGAGGGCCAAAAAAGCUUCCUUGUUGGAAGAAAAAUAUUUCCAAGAGACGCUCAAAUCUAAACUUUAGUCCAUCUUUCGAGGUGUCACUAAAGUUCAUUUUACACAGAAAAAAGGUUUUUCUCGAGAUCAACAAAGUCCAAAAUCCAUUCUUUUUUUUUCCGAUUUCUAGAGAAACGAAUCACUGGGGUCUCUGACUGUCGCCGCUUCAUCGAGCUUCCAUGCGAAGACCACCUCUACCAGGAAAGAUUUCACGGGAACUUUCAAUGAGAAGAAGCGAGUCGAUUAUAUGGUUAAGACGUGAUUCUGACAAGAAAUAGGGAAUUUUUUGAAGGAAGUGAGGACAGACGGCAGAGAAAGGAGGAUCGACGAGUUCUUGACGCAAGAUCUGAACGUCAAAAAAAGGGUCUCAAGCAUCGCCUUGGCGGAUUCCUUCACAGAGGAAACCGGAGGAGAUCAAAAUAGUUGGAAUUCUCUCUUUGUGUUUCAUUCACGAACUAUGCCAGGGGACAGAAUCCUUUCUGGUUUUCUGGUUCAGAAGAUGAUUAAGAAACAGAAAAAAAAGAAUGCAAAAGUAUGGUUUCUAAACUCUUUCAAUUUUUGGCCCUUCCCCCAAAUAACUUCAAAAGAAAUCUCAAAAUGAAAUUUUUAGAGCAAGAUUCUUUAUCCUUUUCAAUAAAAGUAGCUUAGUUGAAAAAGGGUACGUGACAUUGUUCCUUCAGAAGUAAUAGACGAUCUUCGGACUCCCAGGACAGAAGACGUCGACGCCGAAGUCUCCAUGGUCUCCGUGGCCUCGAGUGUAUCCUCGACGUUUCCCACCGACGGCGAAGACGAUGAGAUUGAACUUGAGACCGAAAACACCGUACCUUCGCGCUUACUGUAGCUUUGAUAUUCGAGAGUUUUAAUUCCAGUUGAAAAGAACGUUUGACUUCGAUUCUUUGCGGGUAUUAAGAGAGGAAAUUUGUCAAAGAGGUUCGACGACAAUGAGGCGAGAGAUUUCGGCCGUUUGAUUUAUACAAGGAAGGGUGUUCCAGGGAACUCUUCAAAACGUUCACUUUUGUUGGCAUCGUCAACUCCCAAUGCAUCAUCGUCCAAUACGGCACUUCUCUGUAUCUUUUGGAUUUCGGAAUCGUUCUGAAGGAGUUUUUCUACCAGGUUCUUUGAGCCGCUCUCUCUCCAACAGAUCAGCCGCCUAUUCAUUAUUUUCCAGACGGCGAUUUUCUCUUUUGGUAACUACGGAUCUUACAAAAUGGCCGGUGAAUAUCCAAGGAUUAUCGAUUUGUUGAAAGUUCUUGCCGAUUUCCCGCAACUGGAUCCGACAGAAGACGCCAAAGAUUUUUCCAUUUUUGCGCAGGAAUGUGGGUUUUUCAAUCUUACUCUUUUGAGGACUUACAUUCAGCUAAACGUCUAGAAGCUGAAAGUUUGCUAGGAAAUCAUCCAGAAAUGCUCCACGACUACUUUUCAAUCGGCUUAGAGUGGAGAAUCGACGAAAACGCGGAGAAAAGGUAGCUAACAUUUCAAUCUUCGUCGUCAAUUUGGCUAUUGUCGUCUAGAAUUAGAAGAAAAAAAACGUUUCGGGGAAGAAUACACCUUGAUGGGAGUACCUGGUAAAUGAUAUUUUCCGCGAAUUUCUUUAACGGAAUGUUGCUGAGAACCUUCAAAAUUGGCAAGAAAUGUUUCUCAUCCGUUUUUUUUUAGCAGAAAACGUUUAUAGAACAGCAGUUACUCCGGAGAACAAGAAACUUUAAAACUUUUCUGCGCGUUUCUAAAAUUUUCUUAGUGCCAUUCAUCACUGAGUAGAUUAUUCUCACUAAUUCAAUCCAAUUUCACCAUUCUCCGAUUUUUAACCGCACCGGUCGCUUCUCUUUUCUGAGGUUGAAGCUUUGAUCGACGUCAGCCUUUUUCAGACUUCACUUGGUCUCCUUGCCUUCUUUGGUUCAUUAUUUUGUGCCUCAACUCGAAGGAUUGGCCCAUUUCAUCGGGAAUCUUGUGUUGGAGGUGGAUUUCGACACGGUCAGAAAAAGCAAGAUCAAUAAUGAAAAAAAGCGUUUUAGGAAAAGGAUUGUUUUGAAGGGAUUUGCCACGCGAUUUCGGAUUUCUUCGUUUUGCGCCACGAAUACCUCGACCAGGACUGUAUUUCUAGUGAGAAAAUGCUUUCUGAGCUUUGAAAAUUUUUUUCCAGGUUUCUCGACUACUCGAUGGACAAGCCUCAUUAAACAGAUUUUGGUGCCGUUAAUCAAGAAAAAGCUCAUUCCUCCAGAAAGUUUCAAGGACAAAAAGGUUAUAAUUCUGAAAUAAUAAGUGGAAUUUGAAAAAAAAAUUCUUUUUUUUCGAAACUGUAACGAAAGUUACAAAAAAAAAACUACCAAGACGUUUUUUCGCAUCUGAUUGAAUGAAUAAUUGGAAAUUCUGAUGAAAAGUUAGUUUUUCAGGCGAUUCGACAACUCGCCAACUCCCACGAUUUGUACAAAGUCUUUGAGCGUUGUAACACUUGA